UGUUCAGCGUGUUGAUGUGAGCGGUGCUUUUCCCCGUGUUCGGUUUGAAGGAUACGUGGCGCGCGCCCGCCACAAACAGAGGCAGGUUGCGUCAAUCGGCUCCUGCUUGCCGGAUAACCGCUGUGACAACACUGUGCUCCCCAUCCCAUUAUUCGAGAGUGGACAGGAUGGAAGGACUGCUGGACCAAUGGCUUUGGAAGGAGGAGUACUGGCUGCCGCCGGGGGUCACCUGGAAGGACAUAGAGAUCGAGGGGGACCGCUACCCUCUACCCCGGGACCUCUUCUACACCCUGCCGCUGGCUCUUGGCUUCAUCGUCCUGCGCUACGUCUUUGAGAGGGUCAUAGCCAUGCCACUAAGCAGACAGCUGGGGGUGAGAGACAGGGUGCGGGUUCGAGCCCUGCCUGUCCCAAAGCUGGAGACAUUUUACAAACAGAACAAACAGCAACCCUCACAGAGUGAGGUCCUGGGCCUGGGGAAGCAUUGUGGUCUCAGUCAGCGCCAGAUAGAAACGUGGUUCCGCCAACGCCGCAACCAAGACAGGCCGAGCAACACCAAGAAGUUUUGUGAAGCCUCUUGGAGAUUCGUUUUCUACCUCAUUGCAUUUGUAGCAGCGCUUGCCUCCCUGAUUGAUACCCCCUGGUUCUGGGACCACAGAGAGUGCUGGCAGGGCUACCCCAAACAACCUGUCGCUGAGGCUCACUACUGGUAUUACAUCACAGAGCUGGGUUUCUAUUGGUCCCUGCUGCUCUGUGUCACUGUGGAUGUGAAGCGGAAGGAUUUCAAGGAACAGAUCAUCCACCACAUCGCUACCAUUUUGCUCAUCGGUUUCUCGUACUGUGCCAAUUAUGUGCGCGUUGGCACACUGGUGAUACUAGUCCAUGAUUCUUCAGACUUCCUGCUGGAGUCUGCCAAGAUGUUCAACUAUGCUGGCUGGCGGAAGACAUGUGACACACUGUUUGUCAUCUUCGCCCUGGUCUUCCUGCUAACACGACUAGUGGUCUUCCCUGGCAGAAUAGUCCACUCCACCCUGGUUGUGUCCUUGGAUUUCUUCCAGCCUUUCUUUGGCUACUAUUUCUUCAAUGCCCUGCUGUUGGUGCUGCAAGCUCUGCACAUCUUCUGGGCCUGGCUGAUCCUUCGCAUGGUCUACAAGUUUGUCUUUAUGGGCAAGGUGGAGAAAGACGAGCGCAGCGAUGAAGAAAGCGAGCCAGAGGAGGAAGAGGAGGCAGUGGAGGAAGAGGAGACUAGCUGGGAGCAAAGAAAGGGUGCACUCAAUUCCAAGUUGGCUUCGCUUGCCAACAAUUGUGUCCUGAACAACCUAACCAACCAGAGAAAUAUGAACAGCAGACUGCCCAAAGCCAGAUAGUACCACUUUCUUUUCGCACUAGGUUAAACUUAGAACGUUUUUCUCUCCUUCCACAGUAUAUGCUGGUAAGAUAUUAUUCAUUUAUAUGGCUUACAUAUUACCAAUGUGGUCCAUUUAUGAUUUCAUUAAUGGUUUCAGAUAAUACUUCUCUACGUUUGGAGUACAUAACUGUUCACUGCACUGUCAAAAUAAUGGUCGGGUCAAACAAGAAGAACGCUGGUUUUACUUUAAGAUGAAGUAUGUUUUUCUAGAUUUUAUAUUUAGAAUUGAUUUGUUUUUUGUUUGGAUUGUGUGUAAAUAGUUAAAGACAUGAACUCAAAUCAAAUCAAAGUUUAUUGGUUGCGUACACCAAUUAGCAGAUGUUAUGGCAGGUGCAGCGAAAUGCCUGUGUUUCUAGCUGCAACAGUGCACUAAUACCUAGCAAUAAAAAAACAAUACACACAUAAUCCAGAAAAAAAUAAACAUUUUUUUAUUUAUUUUUUAUUUAUCUGAAUGAGCAAUGUCAAAGACUGUUAUAUAUACAAACAGUAUCAGUCAAAAGUUUGGACACACCUAUUCAAGGUUUUUUUUGUGACUAUUUGCUACAUUGUAGAAUAAACUAUGAAAUAAUACAU